AUGCGUCACUUGCUGACUGCUGCAGUUAUUCUCUUUGGGGGCUGCGAUAUGGCUUCUGCAAUAAUCGACGCGCAGCAAGUUGCGCCAUCUGAGGUGUCGUCCACGGAUGCGAUACAAUCAAUCUACGCUGCUCAGUUGGUGCGCAGUGGCAAGAGAUUCCUUCGUAUCCCCACGGCCGAACAACUAGACGAUGAGUUGGGUCAAGUCGAUGAGGAACGAAGAAUGGAGAUUCUGACAAAGCAGCUUUCUAAGCUGGCGAGUUUCACAAAAAACACUGGAGCACUAAAAAAAGUGGAUGAGGCCGUAACAGCAGCCAAACCUCAGAACGCCAUGACUCUCGAACAGAAUCUCAUGUCCAAACUGGGUAAGAAUCAACUUGCACAACGGAAUUUUGAGCAGUACAUAGACGAAAAAUGGACGGUGGAUGUGCUCAAGUCCAAGCUGCGAAUCACAAAAGACACAGCCCCGGACUCGAAGGAAUACGAAGCUUUCUCUACGCUGCUCCAGACUCGUAUGUACGUCGAUACCCUCAUGAAAGUCAAAAAUCCGACUACGACGAACACUGGGGAAACCAUGCUGGCUAAAAUCAAUGAGAAUCCGCUCGCUCAAAAGUACUUUGGGCAGUUCAUGGACGAUACGUUAACGCAAGUGACACUCAAGAAUAAGUUGGGUAUCACGAGGGGAACGCUGAAGACCUCCAAAGAGUAUGAUGCCUUGACGCUGCUCAUAC